AUCUCAUGCAGGGUUGUUAGCCUGCUCCAGUAUUUGUUUACUCAGAUCUGCUGCUCUGCACUGAACUUGCAGAUGGUUUGGAGCCUGAUAGUGGCUGAACAAACAGACUGACACUGAAGAGCUCUCAGUAGAAUCCACCUGGACGGACUUUCUGGUUUUCGACCCUUUGCAGGAUAGCGGAUCAGGUCUUGAAACAUGAGCUCUGUGGCGGUGUUGACUCAGGAGAGUUUUGCGGAGCACCGCAGUGGCUUGAAGGACGUUGAGAUCAGAGGUAGGGUGCCAGAAGAUGAAGCGUAUAUACCCACCUAUCUGGAAGCCUUUCCACCUUUGCCGGAUAAGGGCACUCCAGGUGAGAAGGCAGGAGAGCCGGCAGGAGCUUGGAGCAAAAUUCGACCCAUCAAAGCCUCUGUCAUCACUCAGGUGUUCCAUGUUCCUUUGGAGGAGCGGCGGUAUAAAGACAACAGUCAGUUUGGUGAAGGCGAGGAGGCGAAAGUGUGUCUGGAUAUCAUGCAGAAGACCGGGGCACAUAUCGAACUCUCUCUUGCCAAGGACCAAGGCCUCUCCAUCAUGGUGACUGGAAAGCUGGAUUCGGUUAUGAAGGCGAGGAAAGAGAUUGUGGCCCGACUGCAGACUCAGGCUUCGGCGACUGUGCUUAUUCCGAAAGAACAUCAUCGAUUUGUGAUCGGAAAGAACGGAGAGAAGCUGCAGGAGCUGGAGCUGAAAACGGCCACCAAGAUCGCCAUUCCCCGCUCCGACGAUCCCAACGCCAACAUCCGCAUCACCGGCACCAAGGAGGGCAUAGAGAAAGCUCGCCAUGAAAUCCAGCUCAUCUCCGCUGAGCAGGAUAAGCGUGCAGUGGAACGUUUGUCUUUUGAGAAGGCUUUUCAUCCAUUCAUCGCUGGUGCAUUUAAUCGACUCGUUCAAGAGCUUAGUCAAGAGACCGGCGCUCGUAUUAGCAUCCCGCCACCAAGCAUACCCAAAGAUGAAAUUGUCAUUACCGGUGAGAAGGAGGCAGUUGCCAUGGCGAUCGCCCGCAUCCGGGCCAUCUAUGAAGAGAAGAAACGAAAAACGACCACAAUCUCGGUGGAGGUGAAAAAGUCACAACAUAAAUACAUAGUAGGCCCCAAGGGCAACACCCUGCAAGAGAUCCUGGAGAACACAGGGGUGUCUGUGGAGAUGCCCCCUCUGGACUCUGCAUCCGAGACCAUCAUCCUCAGAGGGGAACCAGAUAAGCUAGGUCCGGCUCUUACGCAGGUGUACGCCAAGGCAAAAAGUGUGAUCGUGGUGGAGGUGAUCGCUCCAGCUUGGCUUCAUCGUUUCAUCAUUGGCAAAAAAGGACAAAACAUAAGUCGUAUUACUCAGCAGCUGCCCAAGGUGCAUAUAGAGUUUACUGAUGGAGAAGAACGUAUCUGUCUGGAGGGACCAACGGAGGAGGUAGAACAAGCCCAGGCUCAGAUACAGGAGAUCAUCAAAGACCUGAUGGCAAGAAUGGACUAUGCAGAGAUUAACAUAGACCAGCGUUUCCACAGACACCUUAUUGGAAAAAACGGGACCAACAUAAAUCGGAUAAAGGAGCAGUAUAAGGUGUCAGUGCGGAUUCCUCAGGACUCGGAGCGCUGUGGGCUGGUUCGUAUCGAGGGCGAUCCUCAGGGUGUUCAGCUCGCUCGCAAAGAACUGAUGGACAUGGCCCAGCGCAUGGAAAAUGAACGCACGAAAGACUUGAUAAUAGAGCAGAAGUUUCACCGAACUAUCAUUGGGCAGAAAGGAGAGAAGAUCAAAGAAGUACGGGACAAGUUCCCUGAGGUCAUUAUCAUCUUUCCAGACCAGCAACAGAAAAGUGACAUAGUACAGCUCAGAGGGCCUAAAAACGAAGUGGAGAAAUGUGCGAAGUUUCUGCAGAAACUCAUCGCUGAGCUGAUUGAGAGCAGCUUCUCAAUUUCUGUACCCAUCCUCAAGCAGUUCCACAAAAACAUCAUUGGCAAAGGAGGUGCUAACAUCAAAAAGAUACGAGAGGAGACCAACACCAAGAUUGAUCUCCCAACGGAAAACAGCAACUCCGAGAUGAUUGUAAUAACUGGCAAGAAGAGCAGCUGUGAAGCCGCACGAGAUCGGAUUCUCGCCAUUCAGAAAGAGCUGGCCAACCUGAAAGAGGCUGAGGUUUCCAUCCCAGCCAAACUGCACAACUCUCUGAUUGGAUCCAAGGGCAGUCUGGUGCGCUCUGUGAUGGAAGAGUGUGGGGGUGUUCACAUCCACUUCCCUGCGGAGGGCUCAGGGUUGGACAAGGUCACUAUCCGAGGUCCUGCAGAGGAGGUGGAGAGAGCCAGGAGACAACUGCUGCAGUUGGCAGAGGAGAAGCAAGUGAACAACUUCUCGGUGGAGCUUCAAGCCAAGCCAGAAUACCACAAGUUCCUGAUAGGCAGAGGAGGAGCUAAUAUCCGACGGGUACGGGAUCGAACUGGAGCGCGAAUCAUCUUCCCAUCACCGGAUGAACCGGAACAGGAGCACAUUACCAUCAUGGGUAAAGAGGAGGCUGUAUGGCUUGCCCAGAAAGAGCUGGAGAUCCUCAUUAAAAACCUGGAUGAUGUGAUAGAGGACAGCAUGGUCGUGGAUCCCCGGCAUCACCGUCACUUCGUCUGUCGGAGAGGGCAGGUGUUGAGAGAGUUGGCGGAGGAAUAUGGUGGUGUAGCUGUUAGCUUCCCUCGCACGGGCACACACAGUGACAAUAUCACUCUCAAAGGACCUCGAGAGUGUGUUGAUGCUGCUAAGAAACGUAUUCAGGAGAUCGUUCGAGAUCUUGAGUCACAGGUGAAUGUGGAGGUGUUGAUUCCUCAGCGGUACCACAGAGCCAUCAUGGGACCCAAAGGCUGCAAAAUACAACAAAUUACACGGGAACAUGAAGUUCAGAUCAAGUUUCCGGACAGAGAUGAGUCUGCAGCUCAGGAAGCUGCGUCUCAGGAGAAUGGGGACACGGACCUCAUCCCUCGGAAGUGCGAUAUCAUCACUGUGACGGGUCGAGCUGAAAAGUGCGAGCUGGCUCGUGCAGCGUUACUUGCCUUAGUUCCUGUGACGAUUGAUGUUGAGGUUUCCUAUGAUCUUCAUCGCUACAUUAUAGGACAGAAAGGAGCCGGAAUAAGGAAAAUGAUGGAGGACUAUGAGGUCAACAUUUGGGUUCCUCAGCCUGAGCAACAGUCAGAUGUCAUAAAGAUCACAGGGCAGGUGGUCAGUGUGGAGCGGGCCAAACAGGGGCUGCUGGAGAGAGUUAAGGAGCUGCAGGCGGAGCAGGAAGAUCGGGCUUUACGGAGCUUUAAGGUGUCGCUCUCAGUAGACCCCAAAUAUCAUCCCAAAAUUAUAGGCCGCAAAGGAGCUGUCAUUUCUCAAAUACGCAAAGACUACGACGUCAGCGUGCAGUUCCCUGACAAGGGUGAUGAGCAGCAGGAUGUGAUCGUGAUCUCGGGUUAUGAGAGGAAUGCUAACGAGGCCAGGGUGGCUAUAGAGCAGCUGGUGGUAGCGCUGCAGGACAUGGUGAGUGAGGACAUCCGGCUGGACCGGCGGGUCCACGCACGCAUCAUCGGAGCGCGCGGCAAAGCCAUUCGGAAACUCAUGGAGGAGUUCAAAGUUGACAUACGGUUUCCUCAGCCAGGUUCUGAGGACCCGAGCAAGGUAACUGUAACUGGACUGCCGGGGAAUGUUGACAACGCCAUUGAUCAUCUACUUAACCUGGAAGAAGAAUAUAUGUUAAGCGUCACAGAGACAGAGACUAUGGCAGCUUAUAUGAAACCUCCUUCAAAGACGAUGGGAACAGGAGGAAAUGACGAGGACAACAAAGCUCUAGCUAAAGGCUUUGUUGUGCGGGACGCCCCUUGGAACGCGCAAGGCAACAAGGCACCAGACAUGAGCAGUGCCGAAGAGUUCCCCACAUUCGGAUCUGGAAUAGCACCGAAACAGACAUCUGCUUGGGGACCCAAAAAGUGCUGAAUGCAGCCGAUAUGUUCUGACUCCAGAUUUCACAUCUCUGGCACUUGAGAACAAGAACAUUCCGUAUUUUUGCUCUCGUCUUUCACCUGGUGCGUUUGGUGCCCUUCGGAGGAGUUACUUCUGUCCUCUCCUUCUGUUGCCUGAAUAGUUCCUUAUCAUUGGUGGAUAAAUGUCCUUCAACACUCCUCAGCUGUCCGCAGGUUCACACGUCAGCUCCUGUUGUGUCAGUCUGAAAUCACAGAAACGGAACCUCAAGUAGCAGUUACCGUCAUUAUCCUGUUGUUUUCUUGAGUUGGGUAACAAAACGUUAGGCAUUGAAGAACAAGGCUGGUGUUUUUAUUUCUUGGACUAUUUAUUGCAAGAGAACCCCUAGUUCACUGUGUAUGAUUUUUUUUUAAGUCCUUGAUGGUUUUUACUGUUCUUUUUAUUGCUGUGUGUGUGUGCGUGUGUGUGCGUGCUUGUGUGUGUGUGUGUGUGUGUGCUUGUGUGUGUGUGUGUGCUUGUGUGUGUGUGUGUGUGCGUGUGUGUGCGUGUGUGUGUGUGUGCGUGCGUGUGUGUGUGUGUGUGUGUGUGUGUGUGUGUGUGUGCAUGUGCCAUGUAAAUGCACUUGGUUUGCUGAGUUUUUACUCUAUACUGUAAGAGAGAUGAAGGCUGGUCAAUACUGAACUUUUUUCAAAUAUUUUUCUGUAUUUAUUAGUGUAUAUAUAUAUGUCUGUUAUUUAUUGAUUUUCUUCAGUGACUGAAUAUUCAAACUGAUUGGUGUGGAUGGUUUUGAAGCAUAAAAAGCUUUAGGUAUUAUUUUGCAGUGUGUUUGGUUUCUUUUGCUUCUGGGUAUUAUUUUGUGUGUGUAUGUGUAUGUGUAUGUGUGUGUGUGUGUGUGUGUGUGUGUGUGUGUGUGUGUGUGUGUGUGUUAGAUGUAGCUCUUUUCACAAUAAGUGUGUGUGUUGUGUGGUAGACUUUGAAUCUGAUAAUGUUCAGUUUGCUGUUUAUAUUUAAAGUAUUUUCCACCUUUGUCUUUAACUCCUCAAACGUGCAGGAAAUUAAGAGAUUUGUGAUUUAAUUUCAUAAGAUUACAUACAUUUUUACCAUACAUGACAAACUCGAGAUUUCAAAUUAAAAGUCUCUCAAAAGUUGUCUACUUACGGAAAAUUUCAAAGUAAAAGAUGAUUAAUGCAACUGUAUGUAGUUUUGUGUAUUUGGAGCCCCCUACGGUUAAGUAAGUGGAAUUCGCUGUAAAUACAUCACUGUCGUAAUUACAGUCGAUUGCUAUACGAUUAUACCGUAAAGCAGUCCGCUCUUUUCUCAAGAUUACAUGAUAAUAAACUUUAAACUCACAUCAGAAAACAAGUUUGGGGGCGGAACGUGAGACCGAAACAGAAGACAUUCGCCUCAUUAGAAGUCGAUGCUUUUUCAAGGUAAAAAAACGAAACAAAACACGAAUGACAAACGCAAACUCUUGCAGAUUGCUGCUUCUCAAUUCGCACGUGUUUGAUUAAAGAUGAUGGGUGUAAUUGUUUAAUGUUAAAAGAAUUAAAAGAAUUUCUUUUAAUUGUCAAUACAUUUCAAAACAUUGCUCUGUUUGUUUGAGCGACACAACCAGCUUGAUACAGUAACACCGGCUUAACCAACGACACGAAGCCUAAUAAUAGAAGGGAAGUAUUGCAUCAAAUUGAUUAUUUUUGCAAUUUCGUGUGGCGACGCUAGGGGCGCAGAAACGACACGUUUCACCUUUAACCUGUGAUGUGUUUUGACUGUAAGGGUCAUUCACUGUCCUGUUAGUUGAGUCUUGUGAGUCACUGUUGUAUGUGGCGUGAAGGUAUGCUUGUGUACAUGCUUGAGUGAAGAACCGUCUACAACCAACCGAAGAAAGAAACACUAUCGGCCUUAAGAAGUUAAUGCCAUAGGCUAUUUUUACCAAGAUUUGAUCACAUUGAUAUGCAACACUGCAAUAACAUGUCAGUGACUUUCCUACUCCAAAUAAAAAACCCAUUCAAAUAAAA